AUGUUUGUGUUCUUCACUGGUGGCAUCGUGUUUCUGACAUUAAUUUUGAAUGGGUCUAUCACACAAUUUUUGUUGCGCCUGCUUGGUCUGGGAAAAUUAUCAGCAACGAAGCUCCGUGUAUUGAAGUACACACGAUAUGAAAUGCUAAACAAGGCAUUGGAGGCUUUUGGUGAUCUCAGGGAUGACGAGGAACUUGGGCCUGCUGAUUGGAUUACAGUGAAGAAGUAUAUCACAUGUUUGAAUAACUUGGAAGAUGAACAAGCACAUCCCCAUGAUGUUCCAGACAGGGAUGAUCACGUACAUACCAUGCAUUUGAAGGUUACUCGUGUGCGGCUUUUGAAUGGUGUGCAAGCUGCUUACUGGGGAAUGCUUGAAGAGGGACGAAUAACUCAAUCUACAGCAAACAUUUUAAUGAGAUCAGUUGAUGAAGCUAUGGAUCUUGUUUCUAGCCAGCCAUUAUGCGAUUGGAAGGGUUUGCGGUCCAAUGUUCAAUUCCCAAGUUACUAUAGGUUCCUUCAGAUGAGCAGGUUGCCACGAAGGCUUGUCACAUACUUCACAGUGGAAAGAUUGGAGUUGGGAUGUUACAUUAGUGCGGCAUUUCUCCGUGCUCAUAGGAUUGCGAGGAGACAACUACAUGAUUUUCUUGGUGAUAGUGAGAUUGCAAAAAUUGUCAUCGAUGAAAGUACUGCUGCGGGGGAAGAAGCCAAAAAGUUCCUGGAAGAUGUUCGGAUUACAUUCCCUCAGACAGACUUGAAGAAGCUUAAGAGGAACCCGCCGCUGGUGAAAAUGCCAAGAGUUAGGGAACUUUUAAACACUCAUCCUUUAGUCGGCGCACUGCCUGCUGCUCUUCGUGAUCCGUUGUUAAGUAAUACAAAGGAAACAAUAAAAGGACACGGAACAAUUCUUUACGGAGAAGGCUCAAGGCCGACUGGUAUAUGGCUUGUUUCGACUGGAAUAGUAAAGUGGACAAGUCGGAGAUUUAGCACCAGGCAUUCAUUGGAUCCAAUUUUGUCACAUGGGAGCACUUUGGGUCUGUAUGAGGCAUUAACUGGAAAGCCUUACAUUUGUGACAUCAUUACAGAGUCGGUGGUGCAUUGUUUCUUCGUUGAAGCUGAUACAAUAGAGCAAUUGCGCCAGUCGGAUCCUUCUAUUGAGGAUUUCAUGUGGCAGGAGAGCGCUCUUGUUAUUGCGAGGAUUUUUCUCCCUCAGAUAUUUGAGAAGAUGGUAAUGCGUGAGAUGAGGGUGCUCAUUUCUGAAAGAUCUAGUACGAACAUCUACAUUCUGGGGGAAGACAUUGAACUCGGGCAUAAUUACGUAGGCAUCUUACUGGAAGGGUUUCUGAAGACAAAGAACCUACAUUCUAUCAUGGCUCCAGCCGUGCUGCUGCCAUCAAACACUGAUCUGAACUUAUUUGGCCUUCAGCCUUCAGCCGUGAACCACGUAGACUACUGCUAUACUGCACCCAGUUAUCAGGUGGAAACUAGAGCAAGGGUCAUCUUAUUUGAGCUAGGGAGGCCGGGGAGAGAAGCCGAUCUGCAAAGAAGUGGAUCGCUGCUGCCUCCGUCCCUCGGACUGCCACGCACGCAGAGCAAAGAGCAUGUCGGUUUGCUGAGGUGGCCCGACAGCUUCAAGAGGUCCAGAGGGCCCGGAAACCCAAGCCUGGCUGACAUCAGAGACCAGCCUGGCAGCUACUCUGCCAGAGCCCUGCAAGUCAGCAUGUAUGGCGGCAUGAUGGAUGAUGACAUUGGCAUGCACCCUGCUCAGCGGCGGCGGCAGCCGAGGCCUGAUAAUGCGGAAGCAAACCAGAAGCACAGCGCAUCAUAUCCCAAGGUGCCUUCAGGGGCAUCCACCACCACCACCACACGGCGUCUGCUCUCUGUAAAGUCGGAGGGUUCCAAUGUGAUGAACAGGAAACCCGCUCCACCCCUCGCAGAAGGCCAGCGACUGCAACCCAGGGCGGUAGCGGAAGAUGGCAACUCGAGCGAUGAGUCCACGGGCGAAGAGAUUGUUGUAACAGUGGACUCUCCCAGCAUGCUCUCUCUACAUCCAACGCGCUCCAGCCCGCCGCGAGGCAACUGA